GUGAUAAUAAUUUGUACUGUAUAUUCACUAGUUAGGGGCUCUUCAAAACUAACAGUGGUUGCUUAGGCUACGGACUUCUAGGUAAAAACCACGAGUCAUCACCUGCAAUCUUAAAAAAGUCGCUACUUAGGUACUCAAACUUGUCUGUCAGUAAAGGUAGGCCACGAGAUCCACACCAUACAAUGACUUGGACAUACUGUCUUGUACUGAACAGUUUCCUACCUACUGCAUAGUUGAACACCAACGCAAAAUCUGGAGUUGGCUCGACCGUGCUACUAGCAAGAACAACAAACAAGAUCCUAACCUGCUAGGUCCUUUUCCGGACUGGAUAGGCUGUGGACCUUAUUCAUCAUCCGUGCCUAGAGACUUGCCUCAGAGAGGUGGACUUACUUACACAGUGGACGUGCCCGAGAAAAAACUAUUUUCCUUCAUCGCGCGUAGAUCACGCAGUGCUUCGCUUAUUCUGCAAGAAAAACCUUCCCUCUUACCUAUCACUCACGCCAAGCUCAAGCGUGUUCGCUUCGCUGAUUUAACUGGCAUGUAAGUAAUCCUCAUCCUUCCAUAUUGAAAAUCGCCCGACCGAAAUACUUACGAUGAUAGGUAUCCUAUUGGCACGAAGACUGCUAGCCCUCCCGAGAUGGAGUCAGUUCGAGGCCGAACGGCCACCAGAGAGCCUCGCCUCGAGCCUUUCCAUGCACGAGCCGCAACACAGCCUCAUAUACCUCAUCCAGAGGAAUUUGACCAGCCUCAGACUCACCAUGGCAAGAAGCAUUCGCGCACACAGAGCCAUGUUCGCAACAACAGUGGACCGGCCGUUCAGGCGUAUCCUCAGCAGCAUAGCAGACAGCAGACCCCGGAGCGAGGUCGUAAGCAACAGAAGACGUAUGAUAUCCAGUCGGAUGAUGACAUCGACAAAGGCCUCAGUCCCGUUGCUGAGACGACAAGGGACAACGGUCUUCCCCAUGCCAUGACAAUGAACGAUAUUAUCGGCAGACGUGACCACGAGUCACGUGACCGAUCUCGAUCUAUGUCGCGACACAAGUCCCCUAAGCCGGCUAUGUCAGUCGGUGCCCAGGCGAGACGUCGCCCUGCCCCUCUUGACCUUGACGGAACUCAACGGUACGGUGUGGUGGUUCAUAACAAUGUUCAACCUGUCCACAACCCCGUUUACUCACCUGAGCUCCAGCAAGGACAGCAAGGACAGAUUGUCCAGUAUCGCAGCUCUUCGAUAUACAUGGAUGAUACCCCCUUACCAUUCUAUGAGGAGCCCUCACCUAGCCCCCUUUACGUCCCCACCAAGAGCGAGAUGCAAGGACGAGCGGACAGCAUUCUGCAAGGCUACCAUGACUGGAAAGAAAACCAGGGUAGUAACGGGGCAUCUAUGAGCGGAAUUGAACGCACCCGUUCCACACCCGCGAUGGAGUAUGGCCAUCCUUCGGAGAUGAUGAAGGCAGGUGAUCGAGUGUCUCUCGGUCAUUCGCAAGAUGGAAUUACUUUGGCCGGAACCCCCGUUAAAGAGAGUUUCAGAGAGAUUGAAACACCUCUUUUCACCCCCCUGACGCCAUACCUGAUGCAUACGCGAAUGGGAUCCAAGACCAUGAUCGGCGAUAAGGGAUGGCUCGAAGACACUGCCGAGAAGCCGAAGAAACCUGCGCCGAAGAAGAAGGAUGCGGGCUUCAUCGGCACGUUCAAGAAGACGGCUCGAAAAAUCGUACGUAUCCAUUACCCCUAUUCACUAAAUGACUUAAAACUAACGUUUCUGUUUCUUGUUUAGGCGGCCGAAAUGACCGAAUUCCGAGGCGAAAAGCCGCGCUCCCGUACGGCGCGAGAGCUGAAUAUCUCGCUCGACCCACG